AUGGCGCUGAAAAGCAUCAACAUCAGCGGCAACUUCGACUGGUGCCCCUUUAAGGAGCACAAGAACUACCUGACCUGUUUCACCUCGCACAACCUCCUCUACUCCAACGGAAGCAACCUAAACAACUACGUGUACCUGCUGGAUAUUAACCUAAAUAGCGAUGGUAGAAACUUAGAAAUAGUGAGUAAGCUAAACUUUGAGGAGGCACUGAAAAGUGAAAAAAGUGGAAAGAAGAAAGGUACCAAUGAGUAUGUGACUAGCUUCGAAUGGAUAAACAGUAGUAACUUCCUCGAGUCGGAAGGUGAAUAUGAGUUGCGGAAGGGAAUAAUAGUUGGUGGACUAACCAAUGGAGAUGUAAUUCUAUUGAAUGCACAAAAUUUGUUUGCAGAAAAACCAACCCACGAACAGUUUAUACUGAGCAAGGCAAAUGUGCAUGAAGGGUCCAUAAAUUGUCUGGAGUGUAAUAAACACAAGAACCAUUUAAUAGCAACAGGAGGAAAUGAUGGGCAGCUAUUCAUCACAGACAUUGAAAAUAUUUACUCCCCAACUUCGUAUGAUCCUUAUUUGGACAAAAAUAAUUUACAAAAAAUUACGUGUCUGAAUUGGAACAAGAAAGUGUCACACAUUUUGGCUACCUCCUCAAACAAUGGCAACACGGUCAUCUGGGAUUUGAAAAUAAAAAAAGCCGCUGUCAGUUUUAGGGAUCCACACAGUAGAACAAAAACUUCAUCGCUCGCAUGGCUAGCUAAUCAACCAACCCAAAUUUUAGUUGCCUAUGACGAUGAGAAGAGCCCCUGCUUACAACUCUGGGAUUUGAGAAACGCAAAUUACCCCAUCAAGGAAAUUAUAGGACAUUCGAAAGGGAUCAACGACAUAAGCUUCAGCAGCAUUGACACUAAUUUGUUGAUUUCUUCCGGGAAGGACACAACGAAAUGCUGGUACCUAAGCAACAACAACUUUGACGUUUACAACGAGGUGAACAACUCUGCCAAUAAUAUUUACUCCAAGUGGUCUCCCUUCAUUCCAGACAUGUUUGCUUCCGCUACGAAUAUGGAUACCAUUCAAAUAAAUUCGAUUAACAAUGGGAUGAAGAUGACUAGCAAGUAUGUCCCCAAUUUUUACAGGAAGGACGCGGGGAUUACCUUCGGGUUCGGCGGGAAGAUCUGCUGCUUUGAUAACACCACGGGGGUGGAACCCACCAAGCAGGGACCAUCGGAUGGAACAGACAUUAGCGGUGUCAGCUCCGUUGGCAGUGUUGCCGCUGAAGGUAAGUUCCCCAUCAAGUGCCACAUUUAUUCCACCGAAUUGGAGCUCAUUUCCGAGGCAGACAAAUUCGAAAAGUACAUUGCCAGCGGGAACUACUUCGAGUUUUGCGAAAGUAAAAUAGCCAACACGGAGGACGAGUAUGAGAAGCUGACCUGGAGGAUUUUGCAACUCCUGUGCACGUCACAGAAGGAAGGAAUUGUUAAGCAUCUCGGUUAUGACAUGAACGAAAUUGUACAGAAAAUUGAAGACAGCACGGGAAAGAAACCAGGUUUUAUUUUUAACAAAUUGGCUGAAGAGGAGAAGGAAAAAAUGUUAGCCAAAAACUCUACCUCCAAUGUGCUCGCUCCAGAUAGCAUGAUGGAUCCCUCCGCGGCGGGAUUAAUGCCAGGGGCAGCAAACUAUACACAUAUGAAUGGUGGAUAUAUGGCUGGUGGAGCAGGAGGAAUGGACCCAAGCAUUUUGCCCACCGGAGCCGCUGGUGCAGGUGGUGCCUCCCCCAUGGUAAUAGACAACUUGCAAAACUUCAACUCAUCAUUCGAUGUCGACCCGGAGAAGUUUUUUAGAGAGCUCGGCGAGAGGAAAGAGAAUGAGGAAACCAACCAAGCGGAGAAGCAACAGAAGGAACAACCGCAGGAAUCCCAGCAGAAGGCAGAUAAAGUUGACAAAAAGGAUAAAGGGAAGAAAAAAGGAAUGGGAAGAAUUGCCAGUUUGAUUGGAGGAGUGGCAGACGAUGAUGAAGAAGAUGAAGAUGUAUUUGGCGGAAGCAAAGAUAAGAAUGAAACGAAUGACAAAACGAAUUGGAACUCCGGCAUAGAGGCCAUCAUUAAGGAAUGUGUCCUGGUGGGAAACAUCGAAACGGCAGUAGAGUUAUGUCUACACAAGAACCGAAUGGCAGAUGCCUUAUUCCUAUCCUCCUUUGGAGGUGAACAACUCUGGCAUAAAACAAAAACCUUAUACAUUAACAAACAGAACAGUACCUUUAUGAGAAGCUUAAAUUACAUUUUGGACGACCAGCUGGAGAUGCUAGUUCAACAGAUCGAUCUCUCCUCCUGGGGAGAAGCUCUCUCCAUUCUAUGCACAUACGCAUUAAAUAAGGCCAACUUUAAUAACCUCUGUGAAACACUAGCUAAGAGGUUGCAGAAUGAAAAGUUCGACAUAAGGGCAGCGUCCAUUUGCUACCUAUGUGCAUCUAACUUUGAUCAGACGGUAGAAAUCUGGAAUGACAUGCCAUCGACCCAAAACUCUCUACUCAAUGUACUCCAAGACAUGGUAGAAAAAAUGACCGUCUUAAAAAUGGCUACAAAACAUGAAAUGUUCAAUGCUAUUAUGAAUAGGAAAAUUAAUCAGUACGCAGAGCUGUUGGCCAAUUCGGGUCGAUUGAAAGCUGCCAUGACGUUCUUGUGUCUAACGCAGGAAGAUCAAACUGAGGAGAGCCUAAUCCUGAGGGACCGUAUUUUCAACAGUGGUGCACAUAUGCUGUGUCAUCAAGUCAAACCUCCCAUGUCUCCUUUCCAAGUGUUACAUGUAAAAUCGACAAUUGUGGGUGGUAUGCUUAACCAAAAUUAUCAGCAGUGUAAUCAGAACCCACAAUUUAAGUCCAAUGUCAUGGGUGGUAGUUUGAAUUCUACUCAGUCCAAGGUCUUUUCCCCCACUAAGAGUGCCACCUCCAUGAUUGUCCCCCCUCCGAUGCCAGGGCAAAUGCCCAUGCAGUCCUCACCUUCGCAUUCCACUCACAUGGGUUACUCUUCCAUGCCGUCCAACAAAUUUAAUACACAUGUUAUAGGUGCCCCUCCACCCCAACGCGCAUCCUUCACAAGCACAUCUUCUAAGAAUUUUCCUCUAGGGAACGUCAAUCCAGUGAAGCCUCCAUCCAUUAGCACUAUGUCUUCAUCAUACAUGAUGCCCCCCCCAGGACCACCACCACCCUCCAGUACAUGUCCAAUUGGUACCUCCCCCCCUUCCUACGCUUCCAUGUCGAACCUAUCAAAUUUUAGCGCACCACAGGGGAUCAAAUCAGAGCAGGAUAAUCAGAAGCAGACCACACCAACCGGAGGUCCAGUAGGAGGACCCAUGUUUUCCACGCAACCCUAUGCCAACCAGAGACGAAUUCAACCCGGUGGAAAUCCCCCCCCUGCUGCUCCCACACCUUCACAAGCGAACCAAAUAAACAACCGUAGUUUCCCCUCCAUGCAAAAUAUCGCACCUGUCCCACCCGCAAAUAGAAAUCUGUCCGUCUCCUCUAAUCCGUCUAAUCUGAAUAGUAUGUCCUUCCAGCAGGAUAACUCUGGCCAACCGUUUCUCAAGAGGGAGUGCACGGAUCAGCAGGCUCCUUACGGAGGGGCAGUGAGCCCUCCCGGCAUGCAGCCGAAUAGUUUUGGCACUUCUUUCCAGGACAGUACGAGCAAGGUCGGCCAGUCAAGUGGCCCCCCUUCAUCAGGUCUCAGCACGACAUCCCCAAUAGCGGGCGCUUUGACUGUCACCCCCGGAAUGCCGGUCCCAUGGCCAAUCCCCACGACGACCCAACAGCUCGGAUCCACGACCACCUCCACGGCGAACGAAAACAAGAAGAUACAGACCGCCACGAAGGAACAGAAGGGCGUGUUCAUGGGAAGAAGCAACAUAGACAAUGUUAAGAAGACAAUAAGUAGUUUCCUCAAUGGGUACAUGUCACAGGAGCCGAUAAAGAAAAAGGCAGAAGACAUCUCAAUCAAGGUGCACGAACUGUUCGAUAAACUCGACACUGGGUCGUUUAAUGAGCAAAUAAAUGACAGCAUCAUAAAUAUGGUUAACGCACUUAAUGCGAAUGACUUCAGGGCAGCCAACAAGAUUAUAGUUGACCUGAGUAGGAACUUGUGGGAUGGAAGCAACAAGUCAUGGAUUAUGGGCCUCAAGUGCAUUAUACCAAAGUGCUGA